CGUUCCUGUAAAGUGCCGAGAAAAUCAAAAUCUGCUUCAUUGAUGUUUGUUUACAUGGAAAAUUUAUUUGAUAGAAAAGGUGAUUUGAAAGGAAAACUUGGAAGUUACCCUUUUGAGUACAUUUAGCAAAAUACAUUUACCUUUUGCUAGUGGCAUUUGUUUGGUUGCAUAAAGAAGAAAGUGAAAAAGGUCUCAUAGUAUAGUGCCAUGUGGGGAGAAGAGAUGUGCUGCACAUGCAAAUGGUAAUUCCAAGGCAUUGAGUUUGUAAAAUGAUAAUGGAAAACAAGCGUUUUGCUUUCUUCAAGAGAAUCGGUUGCAGAUAAGAACAAACUCAUUAAAGCUCAUUAUCAUAAGGCUACAUUUCUACUUGGAAGCUCAGAUGAGGUAAAUGGAAGCCGAUCAUAAUGCUGUUUUGAUAUGAUCCUCCUCCUACUUUUGAUUGAUUCUGCAGACAAAAUAAAUUUAGCAGAAAUUGAAAAGUUUUGUCUACUUCUUGCUGUCCAACCCUUUUAUCUGUUUCUACUAGUUCUUGUUAUGUCAAUGUUUUUUCCACCUCAUUUGAUGAACAUAUGAACAUGGGUAAAACAGCUGUGAAUCAAAUCCUUGCAAUUUUGGCUUACUUUCUUAGUUUUGGCUUCUUUCCUUUCCUUUUUACCCUUGCAAUUUUGAUUCUAUCAACUAUAUUGCUCAUUGUCACAUUCAAAAAGAAAAAGGUGAUUUUGGAUGAGAAACCAGUAGAAGAUGAGGAGGGUCUCAUCUGUGAGCAGAAAAACCUCCCUGGAAAAGGAGUUGGAGAGACUCUUCAUCAACCACCAUUAGAAACAGCUAUCCAGACUGAGGUUGUCCUACAAAAUGAAGUUGAAUCAACCCAUGAUGUUCUUGUUCCAUCAGACAGUGAAAGUAGCAAUGAUUCUGUAAUGGGUGAAAAGUUUGAUCUCAAUUUGAUUUGUUCCAACUAUAUGGAACAAAAUCUAGCAAUGUCAGAUGUUUCAGCUUCUGAUGAAGAUGAUGACGAUAGCCUCAUUGAAAUCUGCCUUCCUGGCAGCAAGUCUGGUGGCCUAGAUGAAGAACCAAAGCAAAAGCUGCAGUCAAAUCUGCCUGAUCUCUUGCCUGAAUCAAUUUUCGAGCAACAAGGCUUAUUGGAGCUCUUGGCAGAGAUCAAUGAGAUGAAUGAAGAAGAGAAUUUGAUUGAGAUUGAUCUUGGGCUCCAUCCAGUGUUCAAGGUUAACGAUUGAAGCAUGAGUGUCAAUAGUUCCAAGUUUUGAUCUCAACAAAAUCAUGUUAGGAGCUGCUAGCUAGGGCUUAGAUCAAGGGAUAGGUUUUUUUUUCUUUGUUCUUUGUUCUUUUUUCUUUUUUAAGUUGUGCUGCAAAUUAUUGAAAUUUCUGCUUUAUUAUGCCUUUUAUAAUCCCUUUUUAAACACUGAAGCAUCAAAGUUCACCUUUA